CGUAUGGUGACAACUUGUCAAGUAAGCUAUGGGAAAGGUCAUCCCCAGUACCGGUCACUGAUGGCAGCUUUGACUGGGGCACCAGCAGAGGAGAAUGAAGGACUGGGGCCAGAGCCUCUGACAUACCGCUUGGUGCGUGCACUCUGCCCCUCAGCACAUCCUGGACAGGCCAUCUGCUCUCCAUACAUCCCUUCUGUUUGCCCAGGACCAGUAACUGAGCGAUUUGGACCAUUCCCAGGACUUACAGAGUUCCAGGACACCAUCAGCAGCAAUGGCAUGCGCAUAUGGCUAUCAUCUCAACAGAUCCGUGCUGCACGCCCACCCACUUGUGUUUGCCCUCCAGAUCCUCAAACUGGCAGCCAACCUAUGUGCUGCCAGCCUGAGGGCAAGCAAGGUGUUGCCUGUUAA